UUCUCCUGGUAUUUCAAAACAAUUUAUUUUUAAUACAGAAUUACAGUAACUGUGAGUGAAACAUUUUUUCCAAAAGAACAAUACUCAAGUGUCUACCCACAACUACCUUUUAAUUUAUUGUUUUCUAGCAUUAAAAAUUGGGACAAAAUCAAAUGCCCAUAUUAAUCAUUCAUUAUAAUGAACAGAAAAUGUUUUAAUUUCUUUAAUAAAUUUGUUUGAUUUUGUUUCAAAUUUUCUUUUAUGAUCAAUACCAAGCUCUCAAACAGUGUGGAACAGCAAAGCAAUUUUAGAGACCCUGCAGGAAUCACCACAUAAAACUUUCAGCUAUUGUCGCCACAUCCCAUUGAAGAAUUCAAUUUAGUUCCUCUGAUAUUUGCAAUAGUCAUUUAGGCACACUGCGUUCUCAGAAUCUAACGUAUGUACUGAAGAUGGGUCCACUGUAUUCUCAAGUCUUUACAUUUUGAGAGUCAACAAUACAAUUAGAUUCUAUAUUUAUAUAAGUAGUAUAUCUGUACCCUUAUGUUUUUAUCUAUAUCUUAGAUCCCCAAUAGAUAAUGAGAACAAUCUUUUACUACAAGGAGCUGACAUGUUAAUUUUAGUUCACAAAAAUUGGCCACAAAGCAAUCCAAACAAUUGCAAAGGACCAUCACGUAACAAUAGGUAAUAUUACUGAAAUUUUUGUCCCAAGCUGCCACAAGACCAAGAGAGUUGCUAAACAAUUUAGGAAAGUGUAUUACUGUAUUCUGCAAAUUCAAUUUUCAUUACUAUCUAACCCAACCCCAAACUGCAAAAUUGUAUUGUGUGGUGUGCCACAAAAACUACUGAAUUAUACUGUCAAUUCUUUUACCAAUACCAUCACAUGUUAGUGACUUAGUCAAUUAUUAAUUUUUUAUUACUUAUGAGAACAGCCUAUCCAAAAAAUCUAUUUUGGCAUCAUAUCCUUAAAAGAUAAGGAAUUCUGUUCAGAAAUGAAAAAAAAAAAAAAAAGAAAAGAAAUUGAUAAAGGGCUGUAAAUAAGAAGUUCAUGGAAAUUUAAUUCUUCAUAUAUUUAUUGAAUAAGAAUAAAGAAGACUUAUUGAACAGUUUUGGAUUUAUGAUGAUUAAUCAUUUUCAGAAUAAUGUACAUGAAUAGGAUAAUUACUUUCCCAAUCAGAAUUUAAGAUGUUAAUUGGAAUCCAUCUAUUAUCAAAAUUAAACUAAUCCUUUAAAAACGAGAAGGAUAAUAUGAUUCUUGUAUCAAGACCUAUACCACAUACAUUUUAAUUAUUGGGAGCAACAGGCUUCGACCAAUCAGCACUCAAAAUAAGAUGAUCAUAGCCAUGACCAUUCAGAACAUUAAUAGCUUUCUGGGCAUCUCCUCUAAAUCUGAAGUGAAUAUAAGCAAAUCCUUUGCAACUAUUGGUACCCUUAUCUUUAGCCAGAUAUAACUUGUGAAUAGGGCCAAAAGGUUUUACCAGAUCUUCAAGGUCAGCUUCUGUAGUACUUUCUGACAAGUUUGAAACACGAAUUGCAGUAGUGUCAUCACGAGCACGUGGGUUUACUCCUGGAUCAACACGCUUUGCUCCAUCUCGAAGACUUGGAGGGACAUAUUUUCCUCCAACCUGCUUCUUGUCAUCACCCAAAUUCAGACCCAUGGACGGAGUCUUUUCAGGUAUUUUACUGCCAGUAAGAACAGUAUCUUUGUAUGGACAUUUUGAGGUCCAAUGUUCUCCACUGCAAUUACGGCAUUUCACAACUCCCUUAUCUCCAACAGCUUUCAGUUUCUCAAGACCAUCUUCUUCUGGUUUAUUUUCUUCUUCCUUACUUGAAAUGAAUACCAAAAAUACAUCCUCGCCAACAAUAGUAGUAGCUGGAUCAGGACCUGGCUUGUCAUUUGCCGAUUGACCAAAUUUCUUCCAAGUUUUCCUGAAGGCAAUGUUCUUUGAAACAAUCAUACGUUCCAUUUUGUAUGUUCUGACAACUUUAACUUUCUUGUCAUCUUCAUAUUUAUAUUCUGUUACGAUCUUAUAACCUUUUGGGUCAAUUACUUCAGUGGAUGGAGGUAAAGCUCCGGGAGAUUCUUCUUCUAUUUCAUCGGCCCAGCUUGACUUAAUAUCAUCUACUGCAGGCAUGGUUCUUCUCGAAAAAGUUCCAAAAAUUAAUAACAAUAAUGAAAACUACGAACUCGCAAGAACAGGACAGCCAACACCACUCCUAUUUAACACACCACGGCUGCGUUUCCCUUCCCGUCUUCCUAAUCCUCGUUGAGCGGGAGCAAAAUAAUGCGGAGAAGCGUCAGAACUUGCAUAAAUGAUGAAUAUCUGAUCAGUGUAUUUAAUGUAGUGGAUAUGUUAGGUUACAAAAAUGAUCAAAUAGUGUUCUAUGUGUUGUUUUGAAGGCUUGAGAAAUCACAUUAUUUGCUAAACAUCUUGAUUGUAACACAUCUACCAUUUUGUUAUUUACUUAAGUUUCCCUCGCCCACAAAGAGGAUGAACAAGACUUAUUUUAGAAAUGCUUUUAAAGUGGUAGCUGUGCGUUGUUUUAUCUCCUAAAUUUCUACCAGUUUGAAAUGCAUUUUAAUGUAGAGGUAUUUUUCCAGAUUUCAGGUGGAUAAUACCAAUAUGCGAAGGAGCUUGAUUUCUCUGAUUACUAUGUGGCAUAUCUUGCACUUCAAAGAUUGUGUAGCGUCUGAUGUAGCAGAGAUGACCAAAGGAAAGACAUUGAGAUUCAUAUGAUGUGUGGCUGUAGUUACGCGUUUGGUUAGGAAAUGAAUACAAAUACUCACCCUUUUGUGAGAAAUACCCAUAUAUUUUAAUCCACUUACAAAGCAAGAAUUUUGAAUAGUGUUCAGAAGCUUCGUGCGGUAAUAAUGGACUUACCGAAACCACCCCAAGAAAUAGAAUUAAGGAAUAUUAUUGACAAAUUGGCCCAAUUUGUUGCUCGCAAUGGACCAGAAUUUGAACAGAUGACCAAAAAUAAACAGAAAGGCAACCCCAAAUUUGGAUUUCUUUUUGGAGGAGAGCAUUUCAACUAUUAUCAGUAUAAAGUCACUACAGAACAAGCAAUUCUUAAACAAAAAGCUGCACGUGACAGUUCUAUGUCACAAAUAACAACAAAUACUAUGGCAGCCACAAUCCCUCCAAAUUUGAUGAUAAACAACCCAUUGGUGACUGUAACUUCAGCAUCAGGCACAACACCUUUAACACUAGCUGUAUCUGCUGCACAAUGGUUGGCUGUGGCUCAGCAGCAGCAACAGCAGCAGCAACAACAGCAGCAGCAACAGCAACAACAGCAACAACCGCAACCUCCUCCUCCUCCUCCUCCUCAGCCAACAGUUGUUGCGGGAGCAAAUCUUUCACUUGAAUCAUUAAGCUUGCAGCAGAGCCAACUUCAAGAACAGAUUCGGCAAAGUGAGCAAAACCUGGCUGCCCAGCAUACAGUCCUGAUGCAACAGCAGCAAAGCCAGAUUGAGGAUGCACUUCGUAAGGCUCAGCAGGAUGCCUUACAGAGUGCUGGUGAUGAAGCUGGUAUCAACUUCACUGAACUUGAUUCUGUGCUGCAGCCCAUAAUUGAUUCAUGUACAAAGGAUUCCAUUUCAUCUGGCAAAGGAUGGAUUCUGCAACAUUCCACUUCCCCGAAGGCUGAUCUAGUCUUAGCUCAGUAUCUCCUCAAGAAAGUAAUCAAUCCAGGGGCGCCUUUCACACAGAAGUUGCAUAUUAUCUAUUUAGUCAAUGACGUUCUGCAUCACUGUGCAAGAAAAAACAAUGAAGAUUUGAAAAAGGCUCUGGAAGGUGUGGUGGUCCCAAUGUUUUGUAAUACCGCUAUUGGAAUUACAGAAGAGCAACAAAACAAAUUGAAUAAGCUUUUAAAUCUUUGGGAGUCAAAGAACAAUUAUUUUGAUGCUUCUAUUGUGGAGAAACUCAAAAACCCUUCUCGAUCAUGGUCUGAGUACCAAGCAGGUCUUAUUACUCAACAUGCUGCAGUUAUUACACCCAUUACCGCUUCAUCGAAACAAACUUACGAUGGUUACCAGGCACAGCAUCAAGCAUUUGUUACCCAUGCUUUACAGCAAAUUCAGACCCUGGAGCAGCAGAAACAGACCUUAGAGCAACAGCAGCAACAAGCAGCUGUUGCAGCAGCUGCGGCUGCUGCUGCUGUGGUCACAGUAAAUACUACAGUUCCACCUACUGCAGAGCCUCCACCACCACCUCCACAGCUGCCUCCUGGAGCCCAGUUGCCACAGAUGCCUCCAGUGCUAGGUACUCCACAGCAACAGCCUCCACCUCCCAUACCUCACCAAAAUGAGGUUGGCCCUCCUCCACACGGUCCUCCAGAGAUAAACUUCAGUCAGCCACCUCCAGGCUACCCUCCAGUGAACUUUCCUCCAGGCUUGGAAUUGCCAGACUUGAGCAAACCUCCACCAGGCUUCCCAUUACCUCCAAUAAAUAACCAAGUACCCGAAGUCGUCGAUGAAUUGAUGCCUAGUGUGCCAUAUUUUGAAUUGCCUGCUGGGUUGAUGGUUCCUCUUAUUAAGCUGGAAGAUGGAGAGUACAAACCUUUAGAUCCCGAUAGUAUUCGUCUACCUCCACCAGCACCUCCUAGUGAACGUCUUCUUGCAGCUGUUGAAGCAUUUUAUGCACCUCCAUGUCACGAUAGACCUCGUGAUAGACGGAUUGUUGACAGCGAGGGCUGGGAGAAGCUCGGACUGUAUGAAUAUUAUCGAGCAAAGAAUGCAGCUCGUAAGAAGAAAGAAGAAGAUAUUUUAGAAGGCCGUAGACCUCGCUCUAAAUCCCCUUCUCCCAUUAUUAGACCAAAGUCAAAGAGUAAAUCACCUCCUAAAAAACGUUACCGAAGUCGAAGUCGUUCCAAAUCAAAAUCUCGCUCUCGUUCACCUCCUCCUAUCAAUAGGAAUUUUGGUAAUAUCAAUAACAGACCACCCAACAAUAGUAGUAAUAUUAACAAUAGCACUAAUAAUAGUAACGUGAACAGUAAUACUCGAAGAUCUCCCCAACGAAGACCAUCAAAAGUGUAUCAACAAAGAUCCAGGUCGCAUUCUGGUUCAAGGUCAAGAUCUCGCUCCAGGUCACGGUCUCGAUCACGCUCCAGAUCACGGUCUCGUUCAGGUUCAAGGAGUCCGACAAAUAGACAGCAACGUUCUCCUGAAAGGAGUCCAACGCCACCUUCUUUCCUUGGGUCUACCUAUUCGAAGGCAGAAGCCCAACGGCAAUUGGACGAGAGCAACAAAGGUCACCAGAUGCUGCGGAAGAUGGGUUGGGGUGGUGCCGGACUUGGUGCCAAAGAGCAAGGCAUUGAACAACCUAUUUCAGGGGGAGAGGUUCGAGAUCGGACAGAUAUGUAUAAAGGUGUAGGAAUUAAUAUUAAUGACCCGUAUGAAAACUUUAGGAAAAGUAAAGGUCAGGCAUUUAUAAAUCGAAUGAAAGCUCGAGCAGAAGAAAGAUUAUAGCAGUUGACAUCUGAAGCUAUGGAUGGGUAUGUCUUGCUGAACAAGCAAAUAUUAUGAACCAUAUUGGUACUCAGUUAGUGUGAGUCAAAUGUGAAAUAAGAGACAUCCAAACUGUGAGCACAUUUAUACAGUGCAAAGUUUUUAAUAUAAGAAGUGUCAAGUUACAUUUUAUUGUUAUAAAAGUGUAUUGUGAAGUUGAGUUCUGUUACCUCAGACUUGAUCACAUACAAAUCAGAAAGUCAUAGUAGGCAGCAGAUGAGGAAACCAAGAUGCUUCAUGACAAGCAAAUCCUCAACAUUGUAGAAAUCAUUCACAAACCAGGUAGACCUUUGCUGCAAGAAGUCUUAAGAACAUUUUUUGGGCCCCUGACUUUGUGCCUGGUUAGAAGCCAUAUGUGUUAAUGAAAUGGUUGACCAAGAAUCUGCUGCAGUCCAAAGGGCAUAUUGUGUUACAGUUGAAUGUGUACUUCCAGAAGACAUUUACACAAACUAGAAGUACUUCUGUGGCCAUGAGUGCCCUGCUUGUCUGUUUCUCUGUUCUUGGAUUGUCCAUAUUCAUAGCUUUGUUACCUGCACCCCACUAGUUCAGAAGCCUAGUGUUCUGUGUCUCUACAGGUUACAAGUUUUAUUACAAAUUCAUUUUUCUGUUGAAAUGAAAUUGCAAGUAGUCAAAAGUCAGGAUCAUGUAAUAUUUUGUAUAAAUUGACUUCUAUAACAUAAAUCUGUAUUUUAUGUUCCCUACCCUGUUUGUUCCAUUUUAACUUGUUUCAGAUUUGUAUAGUGAAUUUGUUUUCUUUUCUAGGGGGAUAAAAUAUAUCCAAUAUUUUAUGAAAAUUAUUACAGAUGAAGGUGUUGAUUGUCUCACCUUGUAGUUUUUAUUUGCAUAGAGAGAUUGUGAUUCUAUCAUGUACAACAUCAAGUCACAUUAUUUUGAGAUAAAACUUCAGGAAAAUAAAAAUGUAACUGAAACAUAUGUCGUGUUAUAACAUUAUCAUUUCCAAAAACAAGUAAUUUUUCUUGAUCAAUUUGAAGAAAAAUGUAGUGGGAACAAUGUGCUGUUUUAUCAUGUUUAGUAUGCUAUGACAUUUUUAAGUCCAACUGUAGGUUUAAUUUUUUAUGCAAUUCAGUGAUAUAAUUUGUCACAACUUAUUAAUGAGAAGAAAUUAAUUUCACACUAUCAAUGUUAAUAUGAGUAUGGAUUUUUGUGUAAGGACAGAAUGAUUGUAGUUCAGUCAGUUGGAACUAGCAUUUUCAAAUAUAACAGAUGGAACUAUCCAGUAUUGCUCUAAUUGUGAUCAAGUUCUGUCAUUGAAAAUUCAUUAGACAGAUAGUCCAGAGUUCAAAUCACAAAAGAAUCAAAGGCUCUUGUCACAUUUGUAAACUCUGACUCGCUUACCUUUCAAUGAAAUCAGUCCGGAAUCAUCUUGAAGAUCUGAAAAUGAAAUUCAUUCUGUGUUUUUCCUCAUUGAAGACUAGAUCUACUUAAGAAAGGGGGAAUAAAUUUAUGAAUAUCCAUCUAUGGGCAUGCUUUCAUGAUCCACUUCAUCUAUCAAAUAUGAACAAAGUGUUAAUCAAAAAAAUAUUUGUAUAUAUGUUUACGUUUAUUUUUCUGUUGUUAUCACUAGAAAAAAGAUUGAGAAAGGAACUGUACAAUAACUUGAAAGAAUUUUGUUUUUGUCACCCUAAUUUCUGUAAAAAUUUGGUGAAUUCUUAUUGAAUUUCUAUAUUACAUCACAAUGUUUAUCACAUAUCAUAAGAGGGUUGAAAAUAAUACCAAACAAAAAUGAAUUAAAAUAUAUUCAUUGUAAGUGGAAAACAUGGUUCAAUAAUUAAUUUAAUAUAGUCAGUAUUUGAUAAUAGCUCCCUUCAAAAAUAUUGUGGAAUAUUUAAUUUUCAGCUAUAAUAAACAUUCAUAGAAACUAAAUAAGAUGCCUCAAGCGUAUUCCAUUAUCCAUACAUUGAUUUGAAAGGUAAUGACUAAAAUGUUCAUGAUAUUUUAUGA